AUGGUAACUGGUGUUGGACGUGUGUUGCAGUCUAAGAAACUUACGCCGCAUUUCAUUGGUCCAUUUCAGAUUCUUCAUAGGGUAGGGGAGGUGGCCUAUCGAGUUGCAUUACCACCAUAUAUUUCAAAUCUUCAUAAUUUUUUUCAUGUGUCUCAGUUGAGGAAGUACAUUCUUGAUCCGUCUCAUGUGAUCCAGUUAGAUGUUGUGCAAGUUAUAGAGAACUUGACGGUUGAGACUUUGCCGUUGAGGAUUGAGGAUCGUGAAGUGAAGCACUUACGAGACAAGGAGAUCGCUUCAGUGAAGGUUUCUUGGGGAGGUUCUAUUGGUGGCAGUGUGAUGUGGGAGCUCGAGAGUCAUAUGAGAGAGUCUUAUCCAGAGCUUUUCCAGUUAGGAAAGUGA